AUGAAUCUUAUUCAUAAUUAUCAAAUGGUUAAUGAAAAUCAUCGAUUUUUUAUGUCUAAUGAAUGGAGUAUUCCUGAUAAUGUUAAACAACGAAUAGAAUUAUUACAUCAUGCUAGUAUAGAUGUUUCCACUACAUGUGCAAUUUUAAAAGAAGAGUUUG